AUGAUAAGAUACUCCCCGCGGUUCGUAACUGACUGCAUGCAACAACUGUUGGACGAAGCGGUGCCUGAAGCCAACGCAACGAGCCUGGGCCAAUUCUUUAUGGAAAACGACUGGCCAAUUGCUCUGACGCUCAUACUUGUCGGCUACGCUGGUGCUAUCUUCUGUUUUGUGGGAGCUAUGGCCGCCUGCUGCGGUUGCAAAGGAGUACUGAAAGUUUACGCGAUCAUUCUCGCCAUCUUUAUCAUUGCUGAGGUGAUCGGCGUCGGUAUCGUUUUUGGAACUUUGGAAAAUACUGUCGAUGACUUUAUGAUUUGGACUUUGAAAGGUAUCUACGUGAAGGAUAAACGGAAUCCUCCCGGUGUUUAUGCGUGGUUCCUAAUCAUGACGAAAGACAACGUGACAUGCUGCGGUAUGAACAACUACACGGACUUUGGAUCAAACAGUGAAAGUGUGGUUCUUCAGCGGUUCGUGGUCAUAGUUCAUAGGCAGAUCAUUCUUGUGGUUGAUUACGACCUGAUGCUCAUUUGA